AUGUCUCUUGGUCAUGGUUUAUUGAACAUUCCCAAGCUUUCUGGUGAAAAUUAUAGAAGUUGGAAUGAGGAUUUGGAGGUCUAUCUUUGCCUUAGGGACCUAGAUCUUUGUCUGAGAGAGCCUAAGCCUGCAGAUCUCACCCCAGCCAAUACUUGGGCUGAGAAGACUGAACUUGAGAAGUGGGAAACUGCAAAUAGGAAGUGCCUAAAAGUUAUAAAGCAUGCUAUCCCAGAAACAAUGAAAGAUAGCAUCACUAUGAAGGUAACUGCUACUGAGUACUUGGAGGCUAUUAGGGUAAAAUUUGAAUCAUCCAAGAAAGCUCAAUCAGGUGACUUGAUGAGCAAGCUGACCACUACCAAAUUUGAUGGAAACGACAGUACCAGGGAACAUCUUUUAGGACUUGUUGCCUUAGGAAAUAAGAUUAGGGAGUUGGAAAUUAACUUUGAUGACGACUUCCUAGUGACUAUAGCACUCAACUCACUUCCAGGGCAGUACAAGCACCUUCAUGGAACCUACAAUGCCUUGAAGGAUAAAUGGAGUAUGGAUGAGUCAAUCACUGUAGUUGGGCAGGAAGAGGCAAGAAUGAACAGGGACAAGAUUGAAAGUGCCAAUCUCACACAGGGUAAGGGGUCCUCAUCUAGAGGACCUCACAGGAAUCACAAGAGGUUUUCCAAGAGAGGCAGAUUUGCACCAUACCGGACUGGGCUGGGCAGGGGGUUCACAAGUAGGAGGGUACCAAGCAAGAGUGAGGUGACGGUGUUCGUCGGGAAUGGAGCGGAAGUGGAAGUGAAAGCCAUAGGAACUGUUAGAUUAUAUUUAAAAUCAGACAGUACAAACAAUUUUAUAGAUUUAAAGGAUGUAGUUUUUAUUCCCUCAAUGAGGAAGAAUUUGAUUUCAGUUUUCCGACUAGUUUCAGAUGGAUAUUCUGUUGUUUUCAAUAAAGUUGGCUUCACUCUACUUUUGAAUUCUGUGGUUGUUGAUUCUGGCUAUUGUUCUGAUGGUUUGUAUAGACUGAACUGUAUCUCCUCUUGGGUUAUGAACGUUGGCACUAAACGCCAACUUAUGGAUGAGAAAUCUCCUGGGAAGAUGACUUCUUCUACCAAGAAGGAUGCAUUUCGUCAUAGUGAGGCCCUAGAUCUCAUCCACAUAGAUAUAUGCAGACCUUUCCCAACUCCAGCACUUGGAGGCCAACGUUACUUUAUUACUUUCAUAGAUGAAUGGUCUCGAUACGGUUAUAUUUUCUUACUUGCUGAGAAAGCAAAUGUGUUGAACACCUUUAUGAUCUUCAAGGCUGAAGUGGAACUCUUCCAUAGUAGAAAGAUAAAAUCUGUCAGGUCUGAUAGGGGUGGUGAAUAUUAUGGAAGAGUCGAUGAUACAGGACAGCUACUUGGACCUUUUGCCAAAUAUCUACAGGAGCAGGGGAUAGCUCCACAGUACUCUAUGCCAAGCACACCAUAA